CUCCCGCAGCCCCCGGGGCCCGAUCCUGAUCCCGCAGCCCCCCGGGGCCCGAUCCCGCGCCCACCCCCCCCCCCCGGGGCCCGAUCCCGCAGCCAUGGCAGCCGCCUAGCCCCGUGCCCGUGCCCCCAUCCCGGUGCCAUGCUGGUGGCCGGCUCGCAGCGCUGCCCCUCGGGGCUGGAGGAGCGUUUGGGGUGCGGGGCGCUGCGGGGCGAGGAGGACAGAGGGAUCAAAGUCCCCCGGCAGCUGGGGAGGGGGCCCAGCGCCUUCAUCCCCGUGGAGGAGAUCCUGCAGGAAGGCGUGGAGAGCAGCCGGCGGCAGCUCCUGAUCGAAGCCUUCGUCUCGGCGGGGCGGGUGGACAACAUCACCAUGGUCAUGGGGCUGCACCCCCAGUACCUCAGCAGCUUCUGGAAGACCCAGUACCUCCUGCUGCGCAUGGACGGGCCCCUGCCCUACCACAAGCGCCACUACAUCGCCAUCAUGGCAGCAGCCCGGCACCAGUGCUCCUACCUGGUGGGUCUGCACAUGGGGGAGUUCCUGCAGGUGGGGGGCAACCCGGCGUGGCUGCAGGGGCUGCACUGCGCCCCCCAGAAGCUCAGGAACCUCAACGAGAUCAACAAGCUGCUGGCGCACCGGCCCUGGCUCAUCACCAAGGAGCACAUCGAGGCUCUGCUGAAGACGGGGGAGCACAGCUGGUCGCUGGCAGAGCUGGUGCAAGCCCUGGUGCUCCUCACCCACUACCACUCGCUCGCCUCCUUCGUGUUCGGCUGCGGCAUCAACCCCGAGGCGGAGCAGGACGGGGGGCACGGCGGCAGGCCCCCCUCGCCCCACGGCGACAGCAGCCCUGCCUCUGAGGACAGCAUGGGGUGCUCGGGGGGCAAGGACGCCCUGCAGGAGGUGGAGGCGCUGAUGGAGCGGAUGAAGCUGCUGCAGGAGAGCCAGCAGGAGGAGGAGGGCGUCACGCAGGAGGAGAUGGCCACGCGCUUCGAGCUGGAGAAGACGGAGAGCUUGCUGGUGGCUCCCUCGGACCUCGCCGACCACUCGCUGCAGUCCAGCGUCCUGUGCUUUGUGGAGGACCCCGAGUUCGGCUACAAGGACUUCACGCGGCGGGGCGAGCAGGCGCCCCCCACUUUCCGUGCGCAGGAUUACACCUGGGAGGACCACGGCUACUCUCUCAUCAACCGCCUGUACCCCGACGUGGGGCAGCUCCUGGACGAGAAGUUCCAGGUGGUUUACAACCUCACCUACAACACCAUCGCCAUGCACUGCGGCGUGGACACCUCCAUGCUGCGCCGGGCCAUCUGGAACUACGUCCACUGCGUCUUCGGCAUCCGCUACGAUGACUACGACUACGGGGAGGUGAACCAGCUCCUGGAGCGCAGCCUCAAGAUCUACAUCAAGACGGUGGCCUGCUACCCGGAGAAGACGACCAAGCGGAUGUACGCGCAGUUCUGGAGGCACUUCAAACACUCGGAGAAGGUGCUGCCCCGUCCCCUUUCCCUCCCGCGGGGCUGGGGGGGUGCUGAGCCCCCCGCCCUGACCCCGCUGUCCCCCCCCCCCCAGGUUCACAUCAACCUGCUGCUGCUGGAGGCUCGCAUGCAGGCGGCUCUGCUCUACGCCCUGCGCGCCGUCACCCGCUACAUGACCUGACGGCCCCCCGCUCCCUCCUCUUCCUCCUCCUGCCCCCACCGCCGGGGGGGGGACGGGGGGGAGCCGGGGCCUUAAAGACUUUGCUGCUGCAUCGCCUCCUGCCUCACGGGGCGUGGAGCUGGGGAAGGAAAAAGGGGGACACGUCCCCUUCCCCUGCCCCUUAUCCCAGGACCGGGGGGACCCUCACGAAGCUGCCGGUGCUGGGAAGAUCCCGGCCGUGCCUGUGUGCCCCCCCCCCCGGGGCUUGGUGGAGGUGUUGGGGGUGCUCGACCACUCCGUGCCUUGCUUGGGGCGAACCCCGAUGAAGCCAAACCCCGAUGAAGCUGAACCGUGCUCCCUGGGGGGCUGCCUUCACCCCCAGCCCCGCCGGGUGUAGGGCUGUGCUGCUGCCGUGGGCGCUGUCCUCCUGCCAAAAGCCACCGGGGCGCACCCAGAGCAGGAAGACCCCGGUGUUUCCCCCUGCCUUUGGUGUCCUGGGGGCGUCCCCUUGGUGUCUGGGGGGGCUCCUUCCAGGGCCCUGCCUGUGGCCCCUGACAUUUGGGGCUGGAAGUGCCUCUGAAACAGGGUCCCGUGCACGGAGCAAGGCGAGGGGUAGCGGAGCCCGCGGUGCCUUUACCCAGUCCUCGUGCCCUUCUGGCACCUCUCUGCCUGCUCGGUGGGGUGGGGUGGGGGCUGCUGCUGGGGCUGCCCCCCCUCUGCAGCAGCAUUGGGAAACUGUGAAGAAACCUCAAAUGCCUCCUGUUUCCCUCCUGCUCCCUCUCUCUGCUUGCUGCCGGGACAGAGCUGGAGCCUUGCUCCCCCUGCCCUGCGUCUCCAUGCCCCCAGCGCCCCCAUCCCUGCGGGUCCUGUCCCUGUGUGACCCCCCCCGCUGAGCUUUUUGGCAGGAGGUGAGCUGCGUCGCCCCCCGUGACCUUGUCCUGCUUGGGGAUGAGUUGUUGGGUGUCACCCUGGGGGUGCUCAACGGGUGCAAAAUCCACCCUGCUGCUGCAAGGGGGGGGCCACAUCCUGCUGCCCCCCCACACCUGGCUCGUGCAUGGGGUGCCCUCAACCCCUGCUUGCUUUGGGGGGGCUGCUCCUGGUGCGUGGGGUGCGCUGUUUUAAGGCAAUAAUUCCCUCUUUGGAGGAGGUGGGGGGGGAUGCUGCUGCCACCCCCCAGGUCCCUUUUGGGCAGCCUGGCUCAGAGCCACGUGUGCCCCCCCCCAAGGCAAGGGGCAGUGCCUGCCUGUCACUCCUGCACAGGGCAUAAAUCUGGGGGGGCUUUUGGGAAGAGGGAAGGGCAAGUAGGGCUGAGCUUGGGGGGGGGGGGGCGGGGGGAAGGUUUUGUAGAGGGUCAGGGCUGGAACACCCCCCCCACCCCCCCCCAUGUCCUGCAGCUCCCCCACACCCCUCUCCUUCCUCCCUCCUCCUCCUCCUCCAGCAGGGACCCUCAAUGCCCCCCUCUCCCCUCCUGCACUUUAUUGCACAGCCCCUUCCUCUGGGGGGGGGGGUUCCCUGGGGAAGGGGCUCAUGCAGCUGGGGGGGGACGCAGGGGGGCUGUGCCUUCACCCAGAUGUGCUAGGGCAUUUCCCAGGGGCGCGGGUCGCCCGGGGGGUGCCUGGGGCAGGGGGGAGAGCCCCCUGCUCCCCCUUCUGCUCCCAGCAUCGCCUGUUGGCUUGUCCCUGCUCCACCGUAGCUCCAGUUAAGUUAUUUCUUUUUUUUUUUUUGGGUGUAUUUACUCCUGACCGGGCAUGGAAGUGCCACUGUGACUUUGCUACAGAUCUCGUUUGAAAAAUAAAAUUGUUCUUUUUUUUU